AUGAGUUGUGAAGUCAAUGGAGGGAGAAACUUCUUCGACUUCGAGAUAACACAUGCGUUUGUAGCACUUGGGACAAAUUCAAGUGCUCCUUGCUUAAGAAAGUCAAACACAAAGGUAGAAUGCGAGUUUCCAAGGGUCCCUGCAUCCAGCACUCGCCACCGUCGCAGGAAGAGUCAAGUUUCAAACACUGCAACAUAUGCCCAGUAUGCAGUCGAGAUUCAUUUGGACGGAUUCCACCAAACUCUACCUACUAGAACCUUGUAUGUCAGUGAUCCAUUCUUGGUAGGAAAUCAAACCAUCUCAUUUGACCCAGAUGAACUACAGGAUAUUAUAUUAACGGGUGCAAAUCUUGCCAUUGUGACAAAAAAGGAAGAUUAUUUUAUUGGUGUGGGCACUGGAGAAUGUGCUAUAACCAGAUUAAAUGACACAGAGCUGGUUUGUCAACCUCCAUCAAGGGAACCAGCCCCCAGGGCUCAGGAAGACAAACUUUAUAUCAGGGUCCAAGUUGGUAAUUUGAAACAAACAGUUGGAGUGCUAGAGUAUACAAAUUUGCUACCUGUCACGUACAUUGUAAUAGGAGUUUUAGGAUUCCUUCUGGUCGUGGUCAUUAUUGGUUCUGUCCUGAUUCACCGGAAAAUGAGAGCUCGCAACUUAAAGAAAAUUGAAGAGAUGGUACUCAUGGAAUUCACUAAAAUUGAGUCCAACAAAAUAUCCACGGGAAUUCCGUAUCACCCCUACCAGAAUUACGUCCAGUACAUCCUGUUCCCAAAGGAAGUGGAGGCCGGCACCCUGAACAGCCUCUUCCACCACAGCGGGUUCUCCAGCAAGAAUGUUGAGAAGGCCAUGGACCAGUUUGACAAGCUGAUGACUAAUAAAUACUUUGUCAAGUCUCUGAUUGGUACGCUGGAAAAACAACACAAGAUUACUCUGAUUGACAAGGCACAGUUUUCAGCCAACUUCAGUGUGGUUAUGAUGGGAAAGAUGAGAGAUUUCUUUGAAAUUGUGAAUUGUUUGCUGUCAACACUGGUGGAUUCUGCAAACAAAAAGGCACACAAAACACUGUUUAACGGAUUUGAGUCCAUCACUCUGAGACUGCUAUCACAUUGGCUGUCUGUUUCACUCUAUCCUCACUUAAAGGAGAGAGGUGGUUCAUCUCUGUUCAUGCUGUACAAGUCCACUCAGGCAGUCAUUGAGAAACGACCUGUUGAUGAAGUGACAGGGGAAACUAAAAAUACUCUGUCUGAGGACUCUUUCCUGAGGGAGAAAAUCGAUUGUCAUGCCCUAAAACUUGAAAUUGACUUGAAUGGCAAUGGGAACUUAUAUACCUGUGAGGUUCUGGACUGUGAUACUAUCAAUCAAGUGAAGAGCAAGUGCCUGUACCAGAUCUACAAGAACAAACCAGCCUCAGAGAUGCCGUCUACGGAUGAAGUGGACUUAGAGUGGAUGGCUGGCAAGAGCGGUCGUCUUGCUUUGAGCAACAUAGACCAGACGAGUGAACGAGAGGAGAACAUGGUUCGCCGUAACACGCUUCAACACUACAAUGUUCUGGAUGGCAGUCGUAUGGCUCUGAUGCUAAAGUUCUCUCCUGAUGAUAAGCAUACAGAAGAAAAGGACUCUUAUGUAAACCAGCACUCACCGUACUACAUAGAAAUAAUUGAUACUCCGGAUGUCCAUCAGUAUCAGUCAUUGUCCUCUACUGGAAGUUUGGAAAACCUUAGACAUUGACAUCUGGUGAAAAGUUUGGAUGAUGAAGACUCCCACCAGAAGACAGCGAAACCAAAGGACAUUGUUAAGACAAGCCACAUUACCAACUUAAUGCACACGAAGCUGGUAUUGCAGGACAAUAUUAAAGAAGUGUUUGACAGCGUGCUGAACCACGAUACUGUCCCUCUAGUUGUGCAUUACCUAUUUGGAGUGUUGGAAAAUCUGGCUAAUAAGAAUGGUGUUGAACCAGACACUUUACUUUGUUGGAAGAGUGAAAGCUACGCUAUGAGAGUCUGGGCCAAGCUCUUGGUCCGUCCUGAGAACCUGUUCGACAUCCAGAAAGCCAAACACGUAGAGCCAUGUCUGAAUGUCAUCAAGCAGGUCUUCAUCGAUUGCUUCCAUUCCACCACGAUCAGCAAGGAUUCCUCCGUACAAAAACUUCUGUUUGCCCAAGAAGUGCAACAUUACCAGAAGAGGACCAAGCAGUUUUACAAAGCAUUGGCUAACAAGGCUGCUGUAACAGAUGCUGAUUUCUGGAGUGAGAUGUCACGGCUCAACAGUUUGCAGCAAGAGCAUCUGAAAUUCUCCAAACCAGCUGCUUUACAGAAGUUGUACAAGUUUGUUCAGCAGUAUGUGGAGGAGAUAAUUGAAGAUUUGGACGCUGGUGAUGAGACCAGCGGACUUCAGUUCGGCUCCAAAGUGGAUGAUAUUGUCCGUCUGAUGGAAAAUGACUCCUCACUAUAUGACAGCAUAAUUGAAGAUUUGGACGCUGGUGAUGAGACCAGCGGACUUCAGUUCGGCUCCAAAGUGGAUGAUAUUGUCCGUCUGAUGGAAAAUGACUCCUCACUAUAUGACAGCGUAAGUGGAUCAUGUGAUAGCAUUGGAAUUAAUGCAUCAUAGCGAGAUUUUGUCGCUCAGUGUUACAAUUUCAGCAUAGCUAUUUUGUGUUUGAUGAAUCAAACAUAUAUGAAUGAAAGCAGGAAAAUCAAAAGCAUGCUGAAAUGUGACUUAAUCAAAGAGUUAGCAUUUAAAUCAACAAUAUUUUAUACCCAAUACUACACAUCAAUUAUGUACCAGCUUAAUAUAUGUUAUGCAAUGCCAUAGUACAUUUUAUUUUUUUUUAUCUUAUACAAAUUUUUUCCUUUAAAUUUUGAUUUGAAUAGUCAAGACGGUUGAAGUUAUAAGAGGUUGUUGAAAGAAUUUGAUGCCCAGUGUCUGUUUGAUUUGAAGAACUUUUAUUAUUCUUCGAUAUUUUGAUAUUUUAAAAUAUACUUGUUUGUUAGAGCUACAAUUUAAAUCUUGUAAGAUAUUGAAGAUGUCAUGUGAUUUUGAUGAUUUGUGUACUUGACAGGUAUUUGUACUGUGUACCUUAUAAAUGCAAUACUUUAUAUAGUGCUAUUUUUAAACCAAAAGACUGCAUUGCUUUUUUAUACAGUGAAACUUGCUUUUAAGGAAUUCAGAGUGACACUUUUAAAGAUUCUUUAUAUUUGUGUAAGUAAGUUUUUUGAUCAUAUUUACAAGGCUGUUCCUUAUAUUUAGAAAAUGAAUAGGCACUAAAUACUUUUUUGUUUGUACAUCAGCAAAUUCCUUAUUGCCAAUCAAAGGAGCAUUUAAUUUUCUGAAACUUAUUUUGAUAUUGUUUGUACAUAGAAUAUAUACAUAUAAUGGACAUUUGGUAAGUUUACAUUUAUUGCUAUUUUAACAGGACAGAGCGUGUGGAUUAGAUUUAUCAUAAACAAAAGAAAUAAAAUUGUUGAAUUAAUUAUGAGAAAUAAGUAUCACUCUUAAUUGUAUGUACUAAGUUCCUUAAAACCAUUUUUUUUUUAUCAAUGCUUCAUGAAGGAUAAGGCAGGGGAUUUUAGAAUUAUUCCUUAUAUCGCAGAUUUCUUAGUAAUCGAGUUCCUUAUAAACUGGUUAUUCUGUAUAUAUCAACACGGACCCAAUGUUGUUCAAUGCCAAAUAUCUGUUCUGUGCAUUCGUUAAAUAUGUUUGGUAAAUAUUUUGUAAAAGUCUUCAAAUCUAAAAAAAAAAUAAAGUGUUGUAUUCCAAAGUAUCAGUGGUAUGUUAUGUUUUUAUUAUUUGUAUCAGUGGUAUGUUAUAUUUUUAUUAUUUGCUGAUUUUUUAACUAAUAUUUUUUUGUGUUGAAUUUUACAAUGAACGUAAAGUUUCUUGGAUUGAGUUGUACAUAUGUAGAUGAGCCUUUUUUUUUUUUUUUUUUUUUUAUUGUGUGUUUUAU